UGGCUCCUUGAAUCCAAAGGAAACAUCAAUACAGCCCAGGCAGGAUUCCGGAGAGGAUGCAGCACAACAGACCAGAUCGCCCAACUGGACGCCGACAUCAAGUACAGUUUCAACCAUAAACGCUCGACGGUGGCCACAUUCCUCGACAUAAACAAAGUCUACGACACGGUCUGGAUCCAAGGCCUGCUCUUCAAGAUGGCUAAAAAAGGGAUCGCUGGAGCGUUCCUAGGAUGGAUUAAGGAGUUCCUAACCGGACGUAGUAUGAGUGUCAGGAUCGGAAGCAUAACCUCCAUCCCAGCCCCGGUAGAAAACGGAGUACCCCAAGGCGCGGUACUGAGCCCAAUCCUUUUCAACAUCAUAUUAAUCGACUUCCUAUCCUCCACUCCAGAGACGAAGAUAUCACUCUACGCCGACGAUGUGCUUCUCUACUCAAUGGUGAAACGCCCAGCGGACGCCGAAGUGACCCUACAGCCAGUCCUAGACAAAGUCCGAAGAUGGGGAAGGAAAUGGAAGUUUAGCUUCACCCCGAAUAAAAACGCGAUGGUUGUUUUCACAAGAGCCUAUAAACCCGGGAAUGAUCCUCUUCUCUAUCUGGAUGGCCACCGAAUUCCCUCUCAACCCACCUUUAAUUUCCUGGAACUCUGGUUCGACUCCAAGCUGCUGUGGAAAUCCCACAUCGAUCACGUAACCAACCGUUUCCUCAAACUUAAAAACCUUUUCUCUAUUCUGACUAGAUCCAAAGCUGGCCCAACAACUCAAACACUCGUCCUCCUGCACAAAAGCCUCGUCAGAAGCCUGAUGGACUAUGGGGCUAUAGCCUACGGCGCCGCCAGCAAAACUAACUUGGAAAGAGUGGACGUUGUGGGACGCGCUAUACUAAGGAACAUACUGGGCGCGAAUCUAUCUACCCCAGUAGAAAUGUUGUAUGCGGAAACAGGGACGGAAUCACUCAGCUGGAGAACCAAACUGCUCACCCGUAAAUACCUGAUAAACCUAAGCCACAAACCUAAUAACCCAAUACAUAAGCCGUUCGUCCAGCUCGCUACCACAACCACCCCAUGGAAACCUAGAAGCACCCCAGGCUUAAUUAAGGAAUUGGACUUCGUCAAAUCCCUGGGCAUAAGCCUCUUUCCACACCAACUCUUACUACCAUCCACCCACAAGUACCCACCACCCAGCAGACCACCCGACUGCAAAACCUCAUGGUUCCCCCUGAACAAAGAACAAGCCAUGGCAUGCAGGCACCGGACAACAAACCUCUUCAACUCCUUCAACAGCAGUGCACCGGUGACAUCCAUCAGGGCCUACACCGACGGAUCCAAAUCAUCGUCCCCCGAGACCACAACGUGCGCUAUUUUUGUCCUCACCCUAAACAUUGAACAUGCCUGGACGCUAACGAAAGGCUCCAGCAUUUUCACGGCGGAAGUCACAGCCAUAUACCAGGCCCUGAAACUAAUUUACGACAUGGACGACUGCCCCCCAGAAGUUAUCAUAUACAGUGACUCCAGUUCAGCCAUCACUGCCAUCUCAUCGAAUUCCCUAUCGGAAAAUGAAGCGGUUACAGCCACCCGGAAAAUAAUUGCCAGCCUCAAAUCAAGCGGCACUCGAACUAGUCUGACAUGGAUCCCUAGUCACACUGGUAUAGAAGGAAAUGAAAGGGCGGACAGACUGGCAGCUAUGGAAUGCAACACCCAGGACGGAGAGAGAGUCAACAACAGCCUGUCCCCCAAAGAAAUGGUCUCAAUAAUAAGGGCCAACUGGGCCAUCAACCUCCUCCGUGACCAGAAGACUUGCAAGAAAAGUUGCAUACAGAUGAGACCCAGGUUAGGCACCAUCAAAUGGCACCAACACGGAAACAGGCAAGUAGCAAUAUGCCUGCACAGACUCCGUUCAGGGCACAACCGACUCAAUGCUUUCAACCACAGGAUAGACCCAGAAGCCGACCCAAGCUGCCGCUUCGGAUGCGCAGCCAUCGAAAACACCCGCCACAUACUAGAAUCCUGCCCAAGAAAUGAAGAAUUCCGCCUUAAAAUCCGCCAGUUCUUUUCGGAUAGGAACCUCGAACUCAAUGCUAAUACCAUUCUCGGCCUCAACCCAGCAGUCGACACAGAUUCCCAGUUUAAAAUCCGGAACCUAACGACCCAGUUCCUAACGCAAUCCGUGCUGAUCAACAUAAUCUAACAAGCCAUAGGUAACCGACGAGGGUAAGGAUUUCAAAAGCGUUUACGAACGCCACAGGAUCAUAAUGGGGACCAGUCACUUUGUUGGUUGUGUGACUACAACCAGUCCGGACGGGGUGGAAUUCUCCCACCACUCACUUCCUGCUUUAAAAAAUCUGAAAAGAACCUCGCAACUCACCCAGGCAGUAGAUCAUCCUUCCCAAUUCCAAGCAACAGCCAGUAGGAGCCCACAAGCAAAUAAAUAUUAUCCAUCAGUAACCCGUGCACGGCAGGGUAACGUGUAACCUAAAGAAGAAGGGAAACUAUUAAUGUAUGCCACCAAACUCCCAGACACAUCGAGUACUACAACAGCAGCUGGACCAAAAGAGACCAGGGACCUAAAAGAAACAGAAGACCAAUCACUCAACUCUAUAAGCUGCGAACAAACAUGACCCUAAAUACCACUCACUCACUAAACUCGGACCUUCAAUCAAUUGCUUCUCCAGCAACAGGGUUAAUCCAAACAAGAUGCCGCGACCACAACGAAUUGUCCACUCAAACACAACAGCCGCCAUUGAACAAUGCAAGUAGCUACGGACCUGCUGACAAGCCUGAAACUCGCAAUCCAAACCUCGAUCGCUAGAUGGCCUUUACAUUCACAACACAACACAUCCCCUUAAUACCCCCUCCCUCGCCUCGCCAAAGUAAGCAACCAGCAGCGUCGGUGCGGAAGGUCUUCACCUAGAGGACCAUUUGCUGCGACUGACCGUCAGCAGAAGGGCACCAAUCCACUAACCAACCAACCAACCAAAUAGGAUAUAGCUGCAAAAAAAAACAAAAAAAUGAAGAAUUUAUCUGGCAUCGAAGAAUUUAUCUGUCAACGUGGCUUUGCUUGCACAAAAGUGGAAGCGUCUGUUAAGUGUUAGUCGUCACUUGCGUCAACUACGUCAUAACAGAAAUAUUUUCAUUGCUGCACACCACACCGAAUCAAUCCAUCACAGAAGGAAAGGUACAAGUAGGUUAAUCAGUCGCCGUGGUUUUUACCAAAGGCAUACGAUUAAUUUGACAUUGUGUGCAUGCAGGUAUUUUAAUUUGUGUAGUGAUUGGAAGACUUGUGCUCAUAUCUUCUCUUACAGGGCUGUGGCAAAAAAAUUAUUCGAAAAUCUAUAUAUAAGUAGUACAGUGUGCUAUAGUUUAUUGACCUAAUGAGUGGUAUAACAUGAGUAGUAAUAAUGCUUCAACCUUCCAAAUGUGUGUGUGCUCAAAACCCCUGGUAAAGGUUGUAAUAGUGUAUAUUACUUUAGUUUUUUCUUAAGCCAAUGAUUGGAAUGGCAUCAUUUGCGAAGCAAACUAACAACUCAGCAAGCCAGUAAUGCCCUGGAGAUCAUACUGUAAAGCAACUAUCCAUCAUAUCAGAGGAACUGAUAGAGAAAAUUCGUGAAGAACGAAAUGUAGAAAAUCUUAUUGAGGGAUUCGAAAGAUAUGUCUACAGCUUUGGUUUAGAAGGUAACGAACACAGAUGCGUGACAAAUGACAAAUGCUCAAAUCUAUUAUUUUAUGACAUAGAAUUUUUUCCUUUCAAGUCAUUUUUGCCAUUAUUCUGGACCGAUGUCUGGGAGCCUUAAGUAAGAGUUGCUUCCCGCCUAUUGCUGAGCGUUAAAUGUUUGCAACGAAAAAUAUGUUUGAAGUGUCUCAUGAAAGUAUGCAUGAACUUCCAUGGUGGAAAUAUUUUCCUACAAAAUCUUAUAGAAAACUAGCAAAAUGUGAG